AUAAGUAAUAAAUUCCAGCUGCACACACCAUCUUCAUAUACAAAACCUUCAUCACUAGAUCAUUGUUAACAAGAAAAAGUGAUAUCUCACCUACACAAUUCAUUCCUCUCAUCUCCCAUUCCAUAAUGUCGACUUCCAACCUCUUAACCAAACAAAAAUCCGAUAAACUCCCACCAACAUACCCUCUCAUCGGCUCACUCCCUUCCAUUCUAGCUAAUCAAGAUCGAGUCAUCCAGUGGACAUCAGACAUUCUCCUCGACUCCCCCUCUUCAACCUUCGUCCUCCACCGUCCUUUCGGAGAACAAAGCGUCUUAACAUCGAAUCCUGCAAAUGUUAAACACAUUUUGGAGACGAGCUUUAGUGUUUACCAGAAGGGUGACACUUUCAGAAACACCCUCUCCGAUUUAUUCGGACAAGGUACGUUUCUUGCAGACGGGGAGGAGUGGAAGUCACAAAGACAAGUCCUGAGCCGCGAGUUUGAUAACCAAGAAUUCGUCAAGUUUUAUGAAACCGUCGUUUCGUCCAAAAUAAUCAAUGGUCUUAUUCCGGUCCUGUCGUACGCGUCCGCGAACAAGCUCGAGCUCGAUUUCCAGGACGUACUUGAGAGAUUUGGGAUGGACAGUAUAUGUAAAGUUGCGUGCGGAUAUGAUGAGAACUCUUUGGUACCGUCUCUUCCACCGUCGGUAUUAGGCCAAGCGUUUCAUGAUGCUCUUCGAAUUAGCAACAAGCGGUUCAAUGAACUCGUACCUCUUAUCUGGAAAACCAAGAGGUUUCUCAACAUUGGAUCUGAAAAAGAGCUUAGAAGCAAAUUAGAUAUCAUACAAAAUUUUCUCAAAGAAAGUAUAGAGAAAAAGAAAGAUGAAGUCGGCAAAAACAAUAAUUCUCAAGAUUUCUUAUCACUUUUACUAAUCUCUGGUAUAUCUGACGAAGACUUUCUCGGAGAUAUGGUCAUGAACUUCAUUCUAGCCGGUCUAGAGUCUGUGUCAGCAGCCUUGACAUGGUACUUCUGGCUCAUCUCGAAGAACCCGGAAUCAGAAGCGAAGAUUCUUGAUGAACUCAACAAAGAUUCAUCGAAUAUGUUAACGUACACUCACGCGUCAAUUUACGAGAGCUUGAGGAUAUAUCCAUCUGUUCCGGUGAACUCGAGAACAGCCGUGCAAGAUGAUGUGAUGCCGGAUGGGACUCGAGUCAAGAAAGGUUCAAGAGUGAGUUACCAUAAUUACGCGAUGGGGCGGUCGGAGAAGCUGUGGGGGAGUGACUGGGCGGAGUUUAAGCCCGAGAGGUUUUUGAAAAGGGAUGAGAGUGAUGGGACAAUGGUGGUGGUGAGGCGUGAUGAGUUUGAGUUUCCGGAGUUUCAUGCAGGUCCGAGGACUUGCAUGGGGAGGGAGAUGGCGACGUGGCAGAUGAAGAGGGUGGUUGCGGCUGUGUUGCGGCGGUUCAAGGUGGUGGCAGUGAUGGAUCAGCCUGGGUUUGAGCCUAAGUUUAUAUCUUACUUCAAUUCCAAGAUGGAAGGUGGGUUUCCUGUGAGAAUUGUGGAAAGGGUUUGAAUUUUGGAUAGAGUAGUUGCUCUUGUUCAAAGUUUGUUGAAUCGUGUACUUGGUCAGUUACUCCAAGGUAUACAUGCGUUUUAUUUUUCCUUGUUUUUUUCUUUUGCCAGUUAUUUUUCCUUGUUAAAUUCACUGAUUAUUCAAAGUUUGUUGAAUGGUCA